ACAAGUUGGCCGGAGCCUUUUUCUAGAUAGCUAGCCUCUCUCCUUCUCUACCUCCGCUCGCGCUGCCUCCACCGGCCGCCAUGUGGAAGCGCGCCACCUGCCUCCUCCUCCGCCACCACCGCUUCGCCCUGGCCCCCCAAUCCCCGGCGGUCUCCGCCGCCGCCGCGCCUGGACUCUGCCGGGCGCCGGCGCCCCUCUUCUUCUCCACUCUUGAUGCGGCUGGUAAGAGGACGAGGGUGGAAGACGUGAUGCCGAUCGCCACGGGGCUCGAGCGCGAGGAGAUCGAGGCCGAGCUCCAGGGAAAGAAGAGAUUCGACAUGGACGCGCCCGUCGGUCCCUUUGGCACCAAGGAAGCUCCUGCUGUGAUUCAGUCAUACUACAACAAAAGGAUUGUUGGUUGCCCUGGUGGUGAAGGAGAAGAUGAGCAUGAUGUGGUGUGGUUUUGGUUGGAGAAAGGCAAACCACAUGAAUGCACAGUCUGUACUCAAUAUUUCAUGCUUGAUGUGAUUGGAGGAGGAUCCCCUGAUGGACAUGAUGACGAUGAUCACCACCAUUAAGGUUCUGUAGGCUAUGGCAAUAAAAUGGGGGUGCAAAUACCAUUUUUGUCACAGCGUUGUGAAGCUGUGGAAAACUCAGCAUUUGGGCAUUAUAGAGUUCGGUAGACCAUGUCAACCCGAUUGCCCCACGGCUUGGAAGCUGGAAACAGGACAUGGUUUGUAAGACAUAAAAGUCACUUCAUUAAAUCGGCUAUACAAAUAACUUAGACAACGCUGUACUUUUGCCAUUCAACACAUGUUCUGCUGAAUCAAAGAUUCAAAAAACAGUUAUUUGUCUGGAUGGUUCGCUUUUA